GACGUGGGUUUCACCAAAGUGGUAAACGUCUUGGACCUGCAUUCUGACCCGCCCCGAUGCAACUGAAGUACUGUUCGAAGCAUCUUUUGACCAAACUCACUCAUCCCCGUGCCAUCACCGGAGCUCCGCCUGGCGGGCUGUUACAGGUCAACUCCUGCAAGUAUUUAGUACAUUCAUAGAGACAAAGAAUGUCCCUUUCCCCGGCCUUACCCGACGUGGAAUAAACUCAAGUAGUGGUUUAUGAAGCCACAAAUCAUCUCAAGGAUCGAUCCCGGGCUAGGUUUACCAUAACACUCAAGGGGAAGUCAGUGGGCGGAAAUGUACUACAAUUAUGAUUUGAGCCCACUUACUUAAUUUUAACGUCUUAUAUAUCGGAUGUAGUUUGUAGAGACACACACGACAUGGUAAACGCACCAGGGGGAUUAUCUUCUGUGUUUAUGAAGGAGUCGUUCCAGGCGAUAGUCGGUUGACAGCUCGACGUUUACCCUUCUUGCGUUGAGUCAUGAUGACGUCAGGAAUGUAUACAACGUUGAGGUCGCUCGCCCCCUUUCUUCUCCUGCUCCCCCUCGCGUCUGGGUGUGGUCGGGGUGUGGUCCACAUCAAGGACAACGAGUACCGGGGAAUGCUGAUAGCCAUAGAGGACUCUGUGCCCGAGGACUACUCACUGAUCGAGAAACUACAGAGCAUUUUCACCAACGCGUCGCAGUACCUGUACAGAGUUACACGACAGCGGGCAUAUUUCGGUGACAUCACGAUCCUGGUCCCAAGGUCAUGGUCAGACAGACCCCAGUAUGAACCACAGACCAAAGAGACUGUAGAUAAAAGCGAUAUUCUUAUUGACCAAUCAGAUGACAGAUUCAGCCAUGGCAAUCGACCUUUCGUAAUUAAGACGACACCUUGCGGCGAGCUGGGACACUACAUGCAUCUGACCCCAGCGUACGUUUUGAACGACACCGUUGCUGCUCCAUACGGCCCAUACGACAAGACCAUCAUACAUGAGUGGGGACAUCUCCGAUACGGGGUAUUUGAUGAGUACUCGGAUGAAAGGUCUUCUCAGCAGUUUUAUGCUGCGAGUAAUGGCGAGAUAGAAGGCAUCCGUUGCUCGACGGCGAUACGAGGUCGCUUCUAUGAUGUGGUCCGACAGACGGAGGGCUGUAGAUACCAGGACGGACUUCCGGACGGGAACUGCCGAUUCCAACCCUACACAGAAGACACACGGGGAGAGCACGGCUCCCUGAUGUACUCCCAGCAGCUGCAGCAUAUCGUCCACUUCUGUGACAACGACCCGUCAUCUCCUCUCACCCUCCACAACCGACAGGCCACAAACAAACAGAAUCAGAUGUGUGAUGGCCGGAGUGUGUGGGAGGUGAUGAGAGAGCAUGGUGAUUUCGAGAAGAAUUUCAACCCUCCCCACAACGUGACGUCGACAGUGCCGACGUUCCGCCUGGUCAAGGAGAGCACCAAGCGGACAGUAUUGGUGCUGGACACAUCCGGGAGCAUGGACUCUUUCGAUAGGAUCUCAAAACUCGCCAGAGCGGCAUCCAACUACAUCUCUCGCGUCCUGGAGGACGGGGAGCAACUUGGAAUUGUCUGGUUCGACCGGCAAGCCACCAUCAGGUCUAGUCUGCUCGUUGUCAACAACCAGACGAGGUCUGAACUUUUACAACAUGUUCCCAAAACUGCUUCUGGCGCAACCAGCAUCGGAGACGGCAUCCUGAAGGGCCUGGAGGUUCUGGCAUCUACCCCGGGUGGGAACAUGAUCCUCUUGUCAGACGGGAUAGAGACCCACCCUCCCUACAUCCGGGACGUCUUGCAACAGAUUGUUGAUGCUAACGUGACUGUUGAUACGAUUGCUGUGGGCGCCAGUGCCGAUGAACAGCUGGAGAUGUUGGCACAGACGACGGGCGGUAUCAGUUUCUUCCAUUCCGAUAGCGACAUCUCCAACGCUCUCAACGACGCCUUCAUAGCUUCUGCGGAGCAUGGCAAAUCUGCCCGUCAGAGAGUCUUGCAGCUGCUCAGCCAAUCGUUGCUCCUACAGGCCGGCGAGAGUCACAAUGACGUCAUCUUCUUUGAUUCGUCCAUCGGUGACAACACCGACAUUACCAUUGGCUACAACACUACAGUCCCGCGGGUUGUCAUGGUGACCCCUGGCGGUCGUGUACUGAACUCCUCGUCCCCUGAAUAUACCAACGAGGCUUCCUUCAACACGUCAAACUUUCAUUUCAAGGGCUACGAAGAGACUGGCGGUCUCGCUGUGAACAUCACCAACACGCACGAGGAGAUCCAGGUGGUGACCUUCACCGUGUCCACACGUGUCAGGCAAGGUCAACCGGCACCCAUUUUGGCACAUGCGCAGUGGGGUAGAUCAAGUGUUGCCUUCCCGCUCUUCCAGAAUCUCUUUAUCAGCGUAUCGCAGGGGUUGUCCCCCUUGCUGAAAGCGACGGUGAAGGCCACGUUGGAACAGCCAGGGUUGACGGAGGGGGAGGCGACAAGGGUCCCUCUCAUGGUCAGGGACAACGGUGCAGGCGCUGAUGCGACAAAGGAUGAUGGCAUCUACUCGGCUUACGUCACCAAUUUCACCAACAAUGGCCGCUACUACGUCACCGUAACUGUCAACGACAAUGCAGCGACUGUGGUUGCUACGGAUCGUGUGGUUGGUGUGGGGGCAGCGGUGGUGGAUGACGGAGGGGUGACGUCAAAUACACAACAGACUGUGGAGCACUUCCAGAGGUCAACGUCCGCUGGAUCAUUCAGUCUCACGGGCUUCGCUCCUGGCACUGACAUAUUGCCACCUUGCAAGAUUUCCGACCUCCAGGUGACCUCUGUAGGAUACAAGGUGGUUCGGCUGGAGUGGACGGCACCCGGAGACGAUCUCGACACUGGCACAGCCACCACGUAUGAGCUGUGGAUGAGUACUGAGUUUGACCCACUGUAUGAAAACCACACGCUGACCACACCAGUGACCGGAGAGAUGUUGGCCGAGGGAGAUAUUAUGAGCCCCGCGGCGUCCGGGACGGCAGAAUCCAUCGUUGUCAAACUAGAUAGGGACGGUGAUGUGACGUAUUAUUUCACCAUACUUGCAACCGAUGACGUCGAACUGCGAGGACCACGCUCCAACAUCGUCAGCGUUUCCAUGAAGCACGUACAGCAGCCUGAUGAUGUCAACGUGGCACUGAUUGCUGGGAUAGUGACGGGCGUCUGUGUCCUGGUGGUUUUCGUUGCCGUAGCAAUUGGCGUAGUGAUACACCGGAAGAAGAGAAGGGGAUUCAUCGUCACAAUCAGGAAGAAGUACCUGGGUUGAUAUUAGUGAUACUCAUCCUAUUGAUUCCAUCUAAACAUUUACAGAAACUGACUACAGUCUGGCUUUCACGUACUUCUGGGAACAAGUAUUAGUUUUUAACGAAUUUCCUUCACACUUCAGUUACUAGUGAAGCUUGGUUAACAUUUGUUUUUCCUAUAGUGACGCAUAUACAGACAAACUGUUUUCUGAUCAUGGAGUGAGACUGCUUCAGCACGUGACUAAUGUGUGGUAUUGUCACGUGUUGAUUCCCAAGUUGUAACGCGAAGGUUAACCAGACAUCGGUACGUACAGAACUAGCUUGUGAAGUCAAUAAAUAACCACACAAGAUUAAUGGGGAAUCAACAAAUUAUUUAAAAACACAGGAUUUGUGUUACAAUGAUCAAAGGUAAUACAAAGGGCCAAUGUGUGGCGGCAGCUACAAAUAACAGGCCUUAUUACAGAAGUCAGUGCACUCAGAAAUGGCCGGAAGUCGUCACAGUCGACUGUCUUGAAUGAGGCGCGUGCUCCGUUCUUUAAUCCAGGAACCAGUGUUGGAAUCGGGCAGAAAGAGACACGUAUCCUGUCUACACUGGGCAAGUAGAUAAGUUAAGUCUUAGGAUUCGUCCUCACCCUCGUCUUGCUCUUAUAUAUAUAAGUACAGCAAACCUUCUAGAAACUGCUAUCUCAAAUCGUCUCGAAUCAUAUAGUGAUUCGACAACCUUAAAACAAGCUCCUCACAGGGGAGGGAAACGAUGGUGUCAAGCGUUGGGAAGGAGUUUGGACUAUGAACAACCACAACUAAAUUUAUAGCUGUCAAGGUCACCACAACAACUCAAUAUUGUACGAGCGCCUCAAUCAAUUUGCUGCCACUUUCAAUCAACACUGCGCCAUCAGCCUUCAAACAGCAACAGCUACUAAAUGUUUUUAUCCGUUAUGUAGCAGUGCAAAUGUACUACUCAAAUGAAAUUAAAGAACACCCAAUUUUUUUCUUUUUUACUGUAUCUGAAUAAAAAUACGUGUGGAAAGGGUGUAAUCUGG